AUGAGGUGGUUUUUGCUAUGGAGGUUUAAAUUAAGACUUGUGUGAUACAUUAUCCCUUUCCAGAUCGCUGACCCUGAGACCUGUGACCGAAUGUACGAGAGCUUAGUCAGAAUCCACACCAACUACUACAAAAACAAGUAUCCGCGCCUGAAAGACACAAGCUUCACUGGAGUGACAGUAGAAGAUUGCAAGAUGAUAUUAGCAACAGACAUUCUGAAACAGAUGGAAGACAUGAAAAAAGGGACAUGGAAAAAACUGCGAGAAAAGUUUUAUGCCAAGAAACCCGAAGAGGACUCAAAGUGA